CAACCGCAUGUUCGAUUCGCCUGCGGGCUUGAUAGUCCUUGAGGAUUCAACUCCCGAGGUUUAGGAGGAAACUGUCGCACGAAGCUCGGACCUUGAUGCGACGGGCUCUUCCGACUGUGCCUCAAUACAGUUGGCUUAACCCGCGUGGUCUCCAGUUCAUAGGCUACGAAGAGAGCCACAAUCUUUGAUUACCGUUGGGGAUCUAGAAUGCAUAAGAGUGGUCUAUAUGCCGUAACUAAAUUUGAUGGCCCCGGGGGACAUUCUCGAAAGAAUCCUUUGCCUAGAUGGGUAGCGACCUCUAAGACCCUCUUGAGAUAUGAGGUAUCCAUUCCCCCUCAUCGUUUUAUUGAUGAUGUGUUGAGGCGGUUCGACAUCAUCCCCCUCCAACUUUCCGUAAACUCCUACGUAAUUAUUAUUGCUCUGUACAUAGCGUACAUGAUCACCAAGUUGGGCACACUAUCCGUUGAGGAGCUCGUCCAUCUAUACAGACUCAAAAAAGGGCAAAACUAGACGUACUACCUUUCCAAAGCGAGGAAGGUACGUUUCAACGGGCUAGUCGAUGUCCCAAAAAAGGUCCCGCACUCGGACUCACAACUUUUCUUCUAUGAAGCCUGGGAGACCGACACCUUCACCUUGGAAGCAAUUAAUGUUGAACAGAACUAUCUCCCUGCCGCAAGCUUGCAGAAGCUCCAGCGUUUCAGCGACCUUCUCGAUGGACAGCACAACAUUAACAAAAUCGUUAUGCUACCCCACCUGUGAGCAUACGGCUUCUGUAGGGACGACACAAGAUUUCCUACGAUCUUGGAAAAAGGUAAGUCGUCGUUUGCUCGUACUUUUUCCUGCGUGGAUAAGUCACUUACUGUUUGUUACUUUCUUGCAGAGCCUUAAGAAGAAGACGACAACUUCGGUGACUGGCAAGAAGACACCGGCUGCUUUGGCAACAAAGCAGCCCACUGAUGUCAUUGGCGUGAAACGUGCCAGUGGCGAGCUUGGGGAGGGUCCAAGCAUGAAAAAGCCUACGAUUGCCCCAAAGGCAGCGGGUGGAAAAAAUGUUUCCGUGCCCCAGAAGGGGCCAACGAAGAAAACUCUCAAGCUUACUGGAGGCUCAAGGAAACUGAAGGCACCCAAGUAACAUGAUAGCUCGGGUAAGAAGAAAGCAAUCGAGCCUCUGGGAAGACAUUAUCGUGUUUCACUAGAUGACACAACACACAUCGCAGAUCGGUUACAACUACACCAGCAUACAUUAUAGAUUGGCGUCUUGGGGAUGACCGUUGUCCUCACUCUCCCCCAAUGGCUGUUUCCCCGGCUGCCUCUUGGGGUUAGUUUGCCCUCGGGACUCACACUCGUGAGCGGAGUGCAACUUACGAUGUUGGGGUAUUGGCCGCCUCUUGGCGCCAAUGAAUCGGACUGGUCGCCUGCAGAAUUCAUACUUGUUGGGGUGGCACUGGUGAAGUGCGGUUGGUUAAGAUUCUGUGCAGGUGGUUAUUGAUUCCUUAGCUUAGCCAAGUUUUGUUGCACUGCCUGUGCAACCAUCGUUUUGAUCAUUUCCACUAGUUGGCCAUUUUUGGGGUUUGACGUCCCUGCCUCUUGGUUAUUCGCAGCAUGCUGGUUGGCGGCAUAAGUAGUCGGUGUCUAGUGGCGUCUUGUUGUACCUCAUGAUGGGUGGUUUCCACAUUCUUAAGGUUUCUGGUGGUGGUCUUUAAUCUGGUGUGCACCAUUAUAGGCUUGGAUUGGGUGGAUUGUCGCGACUGUUCGUAGAAAUUGUUGUGAUGUUAGUAGAGGCCCUCGUUCUAGCACCAAAAUGUUGAUACAUAAAUCUGCACUAACCAGAGAAUUCUAAUUGACCUUGAUGGGACCAGAAUGGAUGUGUGCGUGAUUACGGGUAAUCAAUAAUAGACAAAUAUUACGUGCAAUAAAAUAAAUGACAACGAGAAUUUUUAAAGUGGUUCGGCGAGGUAAACUCUUAAGCCUUCGUUUACUAUUUUUUAUAUUUGCUAUGAGGGCUUACAAUGAGAAUUCUGUGUCAAAGUCGUAACCCCUUGUUCAUCAUUUGUGGGGGUUUAUAUACAAGGUUUGUACAAAGGAUAGAGCGAAAAUAAAGGAAUUACAAUUGAUCUGAAUUGCAAUUCUGAUAUUUUCAUGAUUGGGCACUGUGAUUGAUGUUGAUUUGGUCAUUCCCGCAAGAUCUGGGAUCUUAAGAUAUCUGGGAAUUGAUUGAAUGAUCACUCGUGUUGUUCGCGACUAGCUUAUGUUGGGUCGAGCUAUAUGUUGAUGAGCUUGUGCUGGGUCAGACAACCGGUGGAGUCAGACUGGUCCUAGGUCGAGCUAUAUCCUUGCGGUGUUCCGAGCUUGGUGAAAAAAUCACACACAACACCUGCCAUGACCAUUGCAAGAAGAAAAAAUGGAAUGGAUUUAAGAAAAUUUGAGAUCAUGAUGACUUAUUGAGUAGCCAGCCAGAGAAUGAUGAGAGAUGAUUGUGAGUGAAAGUGUUUAUUUAUUGUUUUUGUGAUAAAAAUACAUGCUACAACAUAAAAUUUAUA